AUGAUCGACCGAAAGCUACUAUUCGGUCUGAGUCUUGUUCUAUUAUCAACAUGUUAUGAUCUAACACGAUCGUAUUUAAGUUCAACAUCGCUUGAAACCAAUACUAGUGAAUCUACUUCAACAUCAUUUAAUAGUCAGUCUGAACAAUUAUAUGAACAAUCAUCAAGUAUUCCACCACCUAAAAUGAAAAAACAAGGAAUACCAACAAUUAAAUUUCUUUUUUGUCAUAGCUGA